AUGACUGCUAUAUUAAGAUCCACAAAGUACCUUCAAUUCAAAGUACCUUCUACUUUUCAAGGUGUUCAUUCUUAUUUUAAGGAAAUUGAAGCACAAAAUUGGCAACUAAAACAUUAUUUAAGUUUUCGCUUAUCAAAUGAUAUCAUUAUAAUGCCGUGGUCAACUGUGGUCGUCGAUUGGGAAAAUUCAUUAUCAAGAAUUUCGAAGAACAAUACUAAACACUCAUUGAUCCCUAGUUCCAUAACCACCUUUUGCUCAGAAUUAAUUAGUAUAAAAAAUUCAUUUGAAGGAAAAUCUGUUUUGGAGCAUUGUAAAAAUUUCUACGAUGAGUUUUAUGAUAGGAAUAUUGAUUUACAAUUCUCAGAAAGAAUUGAAAAAUUAGAACGAACUAUAUUUUCAUCAAACAAGGUCACUGAAGUAUUACGAAAAGAAACCAUAAAUAAAAGAAAUAACAAAGAAAAUACAAUCACAGAGAGAGAGAAAAGAACUCGUUAUGAGGAUUCACCAACUCCCGUAAACAUGGAAUCAAUGACAGAAUCUUUUAUCAUAUCACCUAAUAAACCAACAAUCUCAAUGUCAUUAUAUAAAGACUAUUUUGCUCAUAUCAUCUGUGCAUUCAAUGCAACAAUGAAAUAUAUUAAAAAAUCACUUGAUGAAAAUACAUAUCAAGAAAUUAGAGAAAUUCAAUCGAAAAAUAAAUUUAUUCUGGAAAAAACCAUAACAAAGAAGCUUGAAACAAUAUUUGAAUCGGGUUAUACGGAAAUUGAAACAAAAAUCCUUUCUGAAACAAAUAUUAGUGAUAAUACAGAAGAAUCCAGAUUUUUAUUUUUCAUACGACAAUCAUUAUUAGACUUUGUUUACAAUUUUAAAUUUAGUACACCUAAGAUGCUAGAUCGAGAUUUGCAAGAAAGAUCAUAUAUUGUCGAACUCUUAGCUCCAAUAUUUCGCGCUUUCCGAAAUUCUUUUCCAAAUAUUAAAUAUCAUUGGAUUGAAAAAUAUGUGACUUCAAUUAAAGAUGUUAAUAAUAUGUUUAUGAAUAACCUUGGGGAACGAAAAACAGACCUGCUUGUUCUUAGACAAUCAGACGGAAGAGAAGUUUUGCUUAUGGAGGUGUCUGGACCCCCCUUUAAAAUCGAUGAAAAACAUACAGUUGGUGAUGCAAAAAAGUUGCUAAUAAUGGCAAUCUGCAGUUUGUGUCGAAUAUUUGGCGACAACCUAGAUUGCAACAUUGAUGAUGCUAAGAAAGUAAGAACAUACAGUAUUCAAGUGAUUGGAAAUCGCCUUACAUUAUUCGCUGUUUCACUUUUUGAUAAGAAGAAGUAUUUGGCUCUUGAACUGAGUUCAUGUAUAAUUCCAUUUGCGUUUGAUGCUAUCACAUGUUACAUGAAAAUCUUCAAUUUUUUUGCAAUUAUCCGAAACGAAUUUGUAGAACAGGAAAAGUUGCAGAAAAAGAUCCGAUGUUUUAUUCCAACUGACAAUAAAACUGAUUUACGUGAAUGGUUACACUUACCAGAUCUCAACUUGCAGCAUGUGGCAGAAGAAGCAUUAGAUGAAAUUCUUUUAUGA